CCCUGGUAUACGGAGUAUGAGUUCGGACGUUGAGCUACUCUAUUUCAUCUAACAAUCUGUUCCUACACUAUUCCCGUUGACAUGGCCAAAACCAAGACCAAAUCCCAGCCGAAAGGCAAAGACAUCCUUCGUUCUGCAAACUCCCGUCUAGUAAAAUCCCCAUUGUCAAAGCAGUCCCAGCGAUCGACCGAAGACCUUUUGACGGAAGCGGCACAACUCCUCGAGCAGUCACAACCCGAACUUGCCCUACCCCUAGCUGAGCAAGCCCUUCGACAACUCGAGGCUGAAAGAGAUGCCGAACAAAAUGCAGAUAUUGAUACCCUCUUGCAACUCGCUGCGCAGGGUAAAACAACGUUACCGGAGGCAUUGCUUGUCAAGGCAGAAAUUGAACUAGCCCUCGGCGAAGGAGAUUCUGCAAGAAAGAACUUCUCAAGGGCAGCACAGAUCGACCGCAACGGUGCACUCGUGAGUGCAGAGCCUUGGUUAUGGCUGGCGCAAUUGUGCGAAGAAGGCGGAAGAGAGAGCAUUUCAUAUUUUGAGAGAGGGACCGAGGUUCUACGUAACGAGAUCGAUGUACUUGAAGACGACGACGCACAGGCUCUUAAUGAAACCACAAGCAUACUGGAUGAGAAACGAGCCAAACUCGCAGACACCCUUUGUGCAAUGGCCGAGGUAUACAUGACCGACCUGAGCUGGGAAGAGGAUGCAGAGCAGAAAUGCGAGACGUUUGUUACCGAAGCUGUGGCAGUGUGUCCCGACUAUCUAAGUGCUGGGGUUCUACAGACAUUGGCAAGCGUCCGCAUCAGCCAAGAGCGCAUGGAUGAUGCGAGGCAGGCACUCCGGCGGAGUAUGGAGAUUUGGAAGGACAUUCCAACAGAUACUGAGUCCAGCUCGCGGCCCGACUUUGCCACUCGCGUUAGUCUAGGCAGACUGCUCAUGGAAGUCGAGGCCGAGCCCGAGGCCAUGACGGUCAUUGAAGGGUUGACCCGCGAAGACGACCAGAGCGUCGAAUGCUGGUAUCUGGGUGGAUGGUGUCAGGUGCUAAUCUCUCAAAAGCCCGGUACGACGUCAGAAGAACAGACCAAAAGUCAGGAGAAAGCGAAGAAAUGGCUCGAUGAUUGCCUGAGACUAUAUCGUCUUCAAGAAUAUGAGGAUGACCGAUUACGAGAUCAUGCCCUCGAAUUGGUGCAAGGCUUGAACAAAUCGCUAGGUGUGGAAGACCAAAUGGAUGACGACGACGCCUGGGAAGAUGAAGAAGAAGAUGAGGGUGAUGAAGACGCGGACGUUGAGGUUGAUGAAGAUGGUCUUAGUGGCGAUCAAGAUCGUGAUGUUGAAAUGACAUAACCCGCGCCUAUAGAGCGAGUAAUGUAAACCAAAAUCGUCGGCGCUAUUAUAUGUUUUA